UAUUUUUGGCACAAUGUACCGCAUGGUUAUGUUCUUGAUUUAUAUUAAUUAGUAAAAUGCCCCCUUAUAAGAAGAAAACAACUAAAAAUCGUGGAAAAAGAAAUGCAGGAGUUAAAACUAAUGCGAAAAAGCAUAUAGGAAAAACUGUAUCGAAUAAGGCUGAAGUGAGAGAUGAGCCUGAAAAUCAAGAAACUACCGCAAGUAAAAAUGAUGAUUUAAGAGUGAUGAAUCCUAUCAAGAUACGUUUUUUCAAAAACAAUGAUGACGAAUACCAAGCUCAUAUACGUGAAUUUGUUAAUUGUGUACCCUCUGAUGAAGAAGAAAUAUUUGAUGAAAUCCGAACAGAAUCGGAAUCAACUGAAAGUGAAGACAACUCUCAAGAAUCUGAUGACUUACAUGAUUCAAUUAAAAAUCUAACAAUCACUCAACAGACAGGGAGAAUGACGAGAUCACAUUUACAGAGUUUAUCAAUAAGUGAGAAAACAGAAAAACAGAAGCGUGUUGGUAAGGUUUUUAUAAGGACUGAGAAACUAUCAGAUAAUCCAAAGGAAAAUAAGUAUAGUAUCCCAAGAAAAGUUUCUGAGGAAAGAGCUUCUAAUGCAACACCUUCUACUAGGAAGUCAAAUUUGAUCUCAACUCCUACAAGGCAAACUCGUCGUAUUUCUGCAGGUUUAAAUAUUGGAGCCAAUGGUUUCAGGACUCCACAUGGAACUCCUAAUUCGAUUAGAACGCCUCGUAAUUUAAAAACCCAAUCGCCAGUAAAAAGCACGAGACAUCUUCGAGAGCGCAAUAGCGUGAAUUACAAAGAAGCGUCGCCUUCUUUCUAUGAAAAUCCACCUGUAGCUAAACAAAAAGCUAGAAAAGAACAAGAAUUACGUGAGAAUGAAUUAGUUGAGACACCAAGAAAACGCGGCAGGCCAAAAAAAGGCACACCAAGUAGAAAGUCGCUUGCUGAUGUAUGUGAAGAAAGCAAUGAAAAUGAUCCUUCGUCCUUAGAAGAUUUUAGUCCUAAUAGUCGGGCGAAACUGGAUGAAAAAAGAAGUCGUAGGGUUCGGAAAAGUGUUGCAGGUAGGAACAGUGACUAUGUAUAUGAUUUAGGUAGUCCUAAGAAGCGUAAAAGCACAAUUGCCAUCACCCCAACUACCAAAAGCCGAACACCGAGUACAAAAACAAAUAAAACAACACAACGUUCAACUCCUGGUAGAAAAAAAGCUGUAACUCCAGAGAGAAAUGUUGCAACUCCAAGGAGAAAUAAUACAGCAACUCCAAGAAGAGGUGCGGCAAUGACUCCAAGAGGGAGGCUUACACUAACACCUGGAAUGCACCAGAGAAGUGUGAAUGUUCCGAAACCACAAACAAACUUCCAGGAAUUCCGAGCUCGUUUGCACGUCAGCUUUGUUCCCAAAUCUUUGCCUUGCCGAGAAGCAGAAUUCAAUAAUAUUUUCACGUUUCUUCAGAGCAAACUGACAGAGGAGACUGGAGGGUGUAUCUACAUAAGUGGCGUUCCAGGCACGGGCAAGACUGCUACUGUGAAUGAAGUGAUAUCAUGCUUAACAAAAUUGGUAUCGCAAGGUGAGCUGCCAAGUUUCCAAUUUGUUGAUAUUAACGGCAUGAAACUGACUGAACCGCGCCAGGCUUACGUGCAAAUUCAGAAACGCUUGAAUGGCGUAACAACAUCGUGGGAAGAGGCUCAUGGAUAUCUUCACCAGAGGUUUACAACCCCUGAUUCUCGUAGAACCAUGACAUUGUUGCUUAUUGAUGAGAUGGAUCUCUUGUGUACGAAGCGGCAGGAUGUUGUUUACAAUCUUUUGGAUUGGCCGACUUACAAAGCAUCUCGUUUGGUUGUUAUCACAAUCGCCAACACUAUGGAUUUGCCAGAAAGGGUUUUGAUGGGUCGUGUUACUUCUCGAUUGGGACUGACGCGCUUAACGUUUCAACCUUACAGUCACUUGCAAUUAAUGGAGAUUGUCAAAACCAGAUUAAAAGAUUCGGAGGCCUUUAAAAGCGAAGCUAUUGAACUUGUUUCCAGGUAUUUUUUAACUGAAUAA